CUCGAUGAUCUUGCAUUCCGGGACUGCAUUAACACUACAUCCAAAUCUACAUCUCACCGACCCCAUCCUCGUCAUAAGUUCAAGCAGAAGACCCAAAACCACCACCAUCAAUGUAUGACUCAAAUCUCACCACGCUCGAUGCAUCAGACAAUGGUGCAUCCUCACUCCAACCCCUCCUCCCCUACAUCAUCGCACUCAUCGUCCUCCUCCUCCCACUGACACCCUACCUCCGCUCCUCCCCCAAACCCCCACGCGGCUGUCGCCGCCUCGGCACCAAGAAGAGCAACAUCACCGACGAAUACGACCCGCAAUACAGCGCAGGCACCCCCAGCGACGCCAUCGACCCCAAGACCGGCCUGCCCGCAUGGCGCAUCAAAGCGCUCUUCACCUACCCGAUCAAGAGCUGCACGGGGGUCGAGCUCGACAGCGCGGAGGUGAUCGACACCGGGCUGAAGUACGACCGGCUCUUCUGCUUUGCCGAAUACAUCGAGGCGAAGCAGCCAAUCCCUCCUGCCACCACCACCACCACCUCCACCACCUCAUCAGUCAAUGCCCACGACAAGCAGAGCAAGGAAACCGGACACUGGACCGCGCGCACCCUCCGCGACCGCCACUUCUGCAACCUGGCCCUCCUGCGUCCCGAGAUCUGGGUCCCCGAUCCCACCUCCCCAACGUACUCCCCGUCCCUCCCAGAGAUCAAAUCCCAGGGCGUGCUGGUCAUCCACUACCCGCGCACACUGCCCGCCCGCCUCGCCCGCCUACCCCUCCUCCCCGCGCUCGUCAGACUAGCUCUCACGCUGGGCCUGAUCCCCCGCGAAGAGUCCUUCCGCGUGCCCCUUGACCCCCCCAACCCCGAUUCCCCCUCCGAUCCCAAGACUUCAGAGGAGAAAUACCCCCUCCGCCCCAUCAAAAUCUGGAAAGACACCCCGCUCGCCCACGACUACGGGCACCACCUGCCCGCCUCGCUGCGCCGCUUCCUCGCCGAUCCAACCACCGACGCACAAAAGCCCCUCACCCUCUUCCGCGAGUCCGCCGCCCACCACCGCCAGAUCUUCCGGAACGCGCCCCCGAAAGAGCCGCUGGGCUUCCAGCCCGUCACCGGCUUUCAGGACGCGUACCCGCUGCAUCUGCUCAAUCUGGCCAGCGUGCGCGAUGUGGCGCGCCGGGUUCGGACGGAGAUUCCCCGGUUGACGGUGCGGCGGUUCCGCGCGAACGUGGUCGUGCAGGGGCCGGGGCGGUUUGAGGAGGAUGCGUGGCGGCGGGUUCGCGUGGGCGGGGGCGUGUCUUCUUCUAAGGGGGAGGGGGAGGAGGCACAGGCUGGGGACGAAGGGGCCGGGGUGGAGAUCCAUCUGGCGUGUCGGACGAUGCGGUGUCGGUUGCCGAAUGUCGAUCCGGAUACCGGGGUGCGCCAUCGCGCGGAGCCGGAUCGUACGCUGAAGGGGUAUCGACGGAUUGAUCGUGGGGAUCCUACGAAUGCGUGCUUGGGGAUGCAGUUGGUUCCGGCGGUUCGGAACUUCACGCUUCGCGUCAAUGAUCCCAUCACGGUCCUCGAGACGGGUGAGCAUUGCUAUAUCAAGAUGUUGGCGCCUGGGGAAGUGGUGGAAGGAGUGUGA